UUGAAGGUGAUAUACAAAAAGUGGAGCAACCCAAAUGAGCAGACUGCUCGAUUAAGGCUACCGAGAAGAGAAGCAAAGAGACGACCCGACCUCACGUUUCUUCCGGGACUCUCAUUUUUAUUUAUUUUUUUGUUUCUUAAUCCGAAAUCCGAGCUGUGUAAAGAUUGGAAGCACACAAUCGAACUCUCAACUUAGUCCAACUCAUAACACCCGAUUAAUUCUGUGAAUUUUCUUCUUCCCUUGCACGCAACCCCUUUCAUUUUCCUCUUUGAUUUCGUCUUGUUUGCUAUCGAUUUCCUUCUGUUCUUUGAUUUCCGGCUGCUGUUUUUGGGGGUUUUAAUCUCUCCCGAUCAUCUGAACCACUAAUUUUGACUUGGGUUUGUCUUAUCUUCAUCUGCUUCAAUCCCUUCAUUCAUGUUUCUUUUGAAGUUAAUGGACUUGCUGUAUCGACCCACUGUCCGUCUUAGUGAAUGAUGCUCAGUGGAACACGGGAUGCAGAUAAUGUUGGAAUUUUUAAAUGGAAAGCCCGUGGUGAAUCGUCUUUAACAUCUUCGUUGCUUAAGGAUGUGGCGCCAGAGAUCGAACUAUCUACCUUUGGACGAGUGCCAAAUCUUGGUAGUGAGAGCCCUACCGAGCUUCUUGAUGGGGAGCGCUUAAACGUGGAACCAAUAGCUGACUUGGACCUAUUCUUUGAAAGGCUCUAUACCUAUUACUGUGACAAAGGGCUUUGGUGCAUCAUAACAAAGUGGAUAGUAGAGCUUUUGAGUCUUGGUUUUACCAUAUGUUUCUCAGCUUUUUUCUUACUAUUUGUUGAUUGGAAUGGUCUUCGUAACGCCAAGUGCGGGAUGGACGCAGUGGAGUCUGGAACUAAACCGUGUGAUCUUGCCAAGGAAGCUCUUCACGAGCACCCCUUACGCCAUAUGACAGUUUCGAAAGCUAUCAUCCUUGGAUAUUUGGGCAUAUUUUCUGUUUAUUGGACCUUUUGCUUUUUAAGGUUUUUUGCGCAGCUAAAGGACAUUCUAGGAAUCCGUCACUUUUACUACGACAGUCUUCACAUAUCCGACAAUGAAAUCAAAACUAUGCCAUGGGCAACAAUUCUCAAGAAGGUUGUCGAGCUCCAAAGUACUCGUCAACUCUGUGUAGCGAAGGAUCUCUCUGCUCAUGAUGUGGUCAUGCGCUUGAUGCGAAAAGAGAACUACCUGAUCGGGAUGCUUAACAAAGGAGUACUUGCUUUUCCUAUCUCGCAAUGGGUCCCGGGUGCUGGCCCAGCUAUGAAAUUUGACUCGUCCAGAAAUCAUUACCGUUUAACGUUGACAAAAAGUCUUGAAUGGACGUUGAAUUGGUGCAUACUACAGAGCAUGUUUGAUCGUAACUACUGUGUGAGAAGGGAGUUCAUAUCCAAUCCUAGAACAUUAAAGAAAAGGCUUGCGGUCGUUGGAGUCGUGAUGCUCCUGCUUUCUCCAUUUCUUGUCAUAUUCAUGUUGGUAUACCUCUUUCUGAGGCACGCCGAACAGUUCUAUAACCACCCAAGUACAGCAUCAUCUCGAAGGUGGUCGAAUUUGUCGAAGUGGAUAUUCAGGGAGUUUAAUGAGGUCGAACAUUUGUUCAAGCACCGGAUGAAUAGCAGCGUGCUUCAUGCUUCGGAGUACCUAAAGCAAUUUCCCUCUCCGAUUAUUUCGAUAAUCGCAAAGUUCAUUUCAUUUGUCUUUGGGGGCUUUGCUGCUAUUCUGAUUAUCAUUGCUUUUCUGGACGAAUCUUUACUGGAAGGCCAUAUUUUCGGCCGUAACCUCCUAUGGUAUGCUGCUGUUUUUGGAACGAUAACUGCUAUUAGUCGGGCUGCCGUUACAGAUGAGAUUUUAGUUCUAGAUCCCGAGGGGGCAAUGUCUAUCGUCGUCCAGCAUACUCAUUAUAUGCCGAAGAGAUGGCGUGGCAAAGAAAAUUCUGAGCGUGUUCGACUAGAAUUUGAAACCCUUUUCCAGUAUACAGGAAUGAUGUUACUUGAGGAGAUGGUCUCCAUUUUUCUCACCCCAUUCUUGCUUGUGUUUGUUGUUCCAGAGAGGGUGGAUGACAUUUUGCAGUUCAUUGCAGACUUCACAGUGCAUAUUGAAGGUGUUGGUCAUGUUUGCAGUUUCAGUACCUUUGACUUCCCUAAACAUGGAAAUAGCAGCUAUGGGUCACCACAUAACGCACCAGGUGCGGAGAGAAGCUCCCAGGGGAAAAUGGAGAAAUCAUUCUUAAGUUUCUGUAGUAGCUAUCCUGCAUGGGAGCCAAAUGCUCAGGGCAAGCAGUUCCUGUCAAAUCUAUGGACUUUUCGGGACAGAAUGUUGCAGCGUCGGGGACAUGUAUAUCAGCCACAAGAAAUAUAUCAAGGACGUCGCAGUUCAAUCGGUCAUCGGGACAGGAACAGGGUUUUUUUGGGGGAACUACCCCGCCCAAAUUCAGCAGCUGCUAAUUGGAUGGAUUUUCUAUGGCUGGAUGAACACCAUAGAAACUUUCCUUACCUACUUGAUCAUUAUUAUACAAACGCACCACGAGAUAAAGCCAGUAACUCGGGAGACAUCCCUGAAGAACCAUCUGAAUCAAUGGAGCCGAACUCGAAAGUUUAUUGGACGCCACCCGACUUCACUCGAAAAGAACGGAGCUACGAAGAUUACUGGAAGGAAGAUCAUCCCAUGGAUCGAUCACAGUCUCAACUCGGGGCUUCCACAUCAGCUCCAAUCGUUCGCGAAAGCAUAUUUCGACAUCAAGAUUUGACCAGUAGUGCAAAUCCUGAUACUAAAACCCAGUGGUGGGAUCGAAAUAUCGCAUCUUGGGAUCAACCCGAAACAAGUUUCAUGGAGCCUCCUGAUUUCAAUAGGCACACUACUAUGAAGAGUCGCUACGAUAACAUCUCAGAAAGAAGCUCGGAGGAGCGACAACAUAUGGAAUGGAGCGAGUUCGGAAAGUUGUCCCGAGCCACCUACUUAGAAGACAUAGAGACUGGAGAAUUGGAUCUUCAUUUCGGAGAUGUGUACAGCGGAACUCCAGACGCUCUAGAACCCGAAUCUACAAGGUUCGAGUAAUAGGUGCUUAUACUUUAUAUGUGGAAGCUAAGGGAUGCAUAUUGAUUUUCAGGGUUCUUUUAUGUUUCUGCCAACAUUACAGCAGAAUCCUUAAAUUCUUUUUCUGUACAUAAAUUCAUCAAACAAAACAUUCUUCGUAGGCUUCUUCUGUUUGGUUGGAAGCCUCUUGGGGCCAUGCGAAUGUGUAAGUAAUGGCACAUUCAAGUUAUUAAUGACACCCAAUUCAUUCUUCCAUAGC